AUGCCAGGUCCCGUUAUCGAAGAAAUUGAAACUCAGACAAAUCUUAAGGAUGAGCCAGUGGUGGAGGACGUGAAGGAAGAUGAAGAGCAUGAUGAAGACGCUGCCGAUGAUUCCGAUGAAGAAGAUGACGGCGUUCCAGGGGCAAACGAUGGUUCCAAACAAAGCCGAAGUGAAAAGAAGAGCCGAAAGGCCAUGUUGAAGCUCGGGAUGAAGCCUGUUACUGGUGUCAGUCGGGUCACCAUCAAGCGAACCAAAAACAUGCUGUUUUUCAUCUCGAAGCCCGACGUGUUCAAGAGCCCAAAUUCUGACACAUAUAUCAUAUUUGGGGAGGCCAAGAUCGAGGACCUGAGCUCCCACCUCCAGACACAGGCGGCCCAGCAGUUCAGGGCGCCUGAUGUGGGCCUUGCUGGGCCCAAGCCCGAUAGCCUUACAUCGGCUGGGGCCCAUGAGGAGGAGGAGGAGGUUGAUGAGGAGGUGGACGAGUCGGGGGUGGAGCCAAGGGACAUCGACCUGGUGAUGACACAAGCUGGCGUGUCGAGGUCGAAGGCGGUCAAAGCCCUCAAGACCAACUCAGGGGACAUUGUGAGUGCCAUCAUGGAGCUCACCACCUAA